AUAGAUUAAGGAUUAGGGUUUCGUUGGAGGAAUGCGGGUGGGGGGGAGAGGAAGGCAGCGAGGGAUGCCAAGGAGCAGAGAAACAAGAGGGAGAGGCGAACUCUAGCCCUAGUCCUAACCAUAGUUAUUCUAAUUCGAAGGGCUGGUUGGGUGAUGGCUGAGGCGAAGGAGGAGGGGGCGAACGGGGUGGCGGAGGGGGUGGCGGUGCUGGAUUUCGACAUGCUCUGCGCCACCGUGGCGCUCCAGACGCAGGGGUUCUCGGAGAAGAGGAGGAAGGGGGUGGCCGAGACGGAGGAGGAGGAGCGGGAGGAGGGAGGGGAGUUUGGUGGGGUGCAGCGGAUGUGGGAGGGAGAUGUUCUCGAUUGUUUGGAGGAUCGGCGGAUCGCGAUCGAGGCCGCAUGUUGCCCGUGCUAUAGAUUUGGGAAGAACAUGCGGAGAGCCAAUCUUGGGUCUUGUUUUCUUCAGGGAACUGCCUAUUUUGUUCUUGCACUUCUUGUAUUAUCCAACCUCAUUGCUUUUAGCAUGACCAAGCGGUAUAGCUUUCUAUUUAUUGGAGUUGCUUCUGCUAUCUCAUUUGGAAUAUAUCUGGGUUAUUUUCGGACAAGGAUGCGAAAGCAGUUUAACAUAAGGGGCAGCGACGGUCAUUUAGAUGAUUGUGUUAACCAUCUCAUCUGCCCCUGCUGUACACUAUGCCAGGAGUCCAGAACGCUGGAGAUGAACAAUGUCCAAGAUGGUGUGUGGCAUGGCCGGGGUGAUACUAUAUGCUUAGGCGGUGGUGGUGAAGGAAGCAAGGCGUUUAUUACUCUCCAUCAGCCUCCUUUGAUGCCAACCAGGUCCCCCGAGCUCUGUAGCAUGGAAAGAACAUCAGACAAUGGUGCACACUCAUGGAUCACAGAUGAAUCAGAUGAUAGGCAUUCAGAACCUUUGGUGCCAUCAGCCCUACUGGAACAGCAUUGAUGAAAUCUAAGCUAGCUAGCUGUACAGCAUUAUCGGCCGAGUGUGCCAGCCCAGAGAAGCCAUCUAUUGUUGUAAAACUAUGAUCUGUUGAAUGCCAACUGAUGGGUUACAGGCCUUUUAUGAUGAUAACCAACCUAGGCUUUGAUGUCUAGAUCUCAAGAAGAUUUUAACCAGCAUCAAUGGUGUGAAGCAGCCAUCAUAAUAAGCAUGAUAAGUCGAGACUUAGUAGCAGUUGGCUGGCAGUGGAUUUAUACUUGGGGAGGGGCAAAACCAGACCUCUGUAUAUGUAAUUGCGGGGAGCUGUAGCAUCUAAGCGCAACUGAACUGGAAAGAUUUUAUUCAGCCUAUUUGUUGUCGCACUUUUUUCCCCAACCAUAGCUUAGAUCAAUUUUAUCCGGCUUUGGAUUGCAUGAAUCUAGUGGUGAUGAACCUGUUUGCCAUCCCUCAACUGAUUUUUGAGGGAUGAGAUAAGAAGAUUUGUCCAAAGUUUCCUGAGCUCGCUAUCCGAUUUCACUCGAGCUAGCUUAUUUUCAUUGGAUCUACUGACUGGAAGUUGUAGCAAAACAAGAACAUAUCAUUUGUAGUCCAUAAAGGAGUCUACUUUCUGGUUCCUA